AUGGGACUCAAGGUCAACCGCCAAAUGCAUUGUCUUCCCUUUGUCGAACUGUUAUUGCUUUCAGAAGGUGGUCAAGUGAAGUGCUUCUGCGAUCGCGAUUCUUGCGACGACAACCUUCUGUGUCAAGGCGAUUACUGUUUCAUCGGACUGCGACGUGAAGAUGGUGGUGAGACACCGAAAUUGCGCCAACAUUGUGCUUCAGCGAGUGAAAUACCGUAUUUAACUGGUGGUCAUGCGCGUUGUGAGGAACGAAUCGACAACUGGCAAGAGGUGUGCAAAUGUGAAGAAGACUUUUGCAAUACCUUUGCCUAUUUACGGUCAUCAAUUGAUUCGCGACAGGACCGAGGUGAUGUCGUGCAGUUUACGAAGCAAGAUGCACCGUAUAAUCCGGCUCAUACCAGACCGGAAGAACUCAUUGAAAAGGCUGGAUGCAACAACUCCAGAUGA